AUGGAACGUCGACGUGAAGCAUAUGUAGUUAAAUCUAAACCGUUUACUGGACAAGGGCAGAGGGAAUCGAACUUGGAUGACAAAAUCAAAGCAAUAUUUUCACUUGAGAAAUUAGUCGUAUUGCGCAUUUUGAAACGAUUCGACACUCCGCGCAAAGCAAUGAAUAUAAUGCAUGAGGAACAUGCAGAAAAUUUGAAAGCAAAUGCUAUUAAAAUGUUAAAGUUACAGGGCGUGUCGUUAACCGCAGCGGCUAUGGAAACGAUCUCCGAGAAAUAUUCAAAUUCAUUAAAAUAUUUAUGCCUUAUGGGUGCGCUUGUACAUACACCCGAUGGCGCAAUAUAUCUGAAAGCGCUGUGUAAGUUAGAAUUAAAUAAUGCAUGUCAGUUAUCAAACUGA